GGCAGUUUCCUCCGAUCCUGCUCCUCAUCGGGGGGAAAAAAAUCCCAGAAAGAGCUUCAGUAUUUACCAUGAAGGGAUAACGGAGUGUGCUGCAAUGGGUUACUUUCAGCUCAGUCCACUCUUCACGCCAUAAAGACGCCCAGCUGAUGACAGUGAUUGCCGGACACUUUGAGGGUUAUCUCCUGUUGUGACUCAAGCGUGCAGCAUCUCUAGAUCCUCCGAUAGCUGCAAAUCUCCAUCCUUCUGCGUUCAGCCCUCCAACCUACCAGAAAAGGUCAACAUUUAGAGCCACUAUGGAGGACACGUACAAUAACAGGACUUCUCUGGUUAAGGGAGCCAAGGACAUGGUCAAGGAGGCCAAGCGGCACACAGCAAAGAAAGUCGUUAAGGUGGUCGACCGCGCUGCGGACGAGUACUCAUCUCAUCGCAACUACACGCGAUUCCAGGACGAGGAGGACGAAGACGAGGAUUUCUACCGCAACCAGAAAGGACACGAAGGAGAGAGUUACCGUGACAAUGAGGAAGGCUCCAGCGAUGCCACAGAGGGCCAUGAUGAUGAGGAUGAGAUCUAUGAGGGGGAGUAUCAGGGGAUCCCCUCAGCCGGAGACAAGAAGCAUAAGGAAGGCCAGGUGGCGCUGGGACAACCGGUGUCAGAUGCAACGAGGGACCGCAGUGAGCUGGAGCAGGAGAGGGAGGCAGAUGAAGAGGAGCUGGCCCAGCAGUAUGAGCUGAUCAUGCAGGAGUGUGGCCAUGGGAGCUUCCAGUGGCAGCUGUUCUUUGUACUGGGACUGGCGCUCAUGUCAGAUGGUGUGGAAGUGUUUGUGGUGGGAUUUGUCCUGCCCAGUGCAGAGACAGACAUGUGUGUCCCAAACUCCAGCUCAGGAUGGCUAGGCAGCAUUGUGUACCUGGGGAUGAUGGUUGGAGCUUUCUUCUGGGGAGGAAUGUCUGACAAAGUGGGCCGCAGACAUUGUCUCCUCAUUUGCAUGUCCACGAAUGGCUUCUUUGCCUUCCUGUCAUCUUUUGUCCAGGGAUACGGACUCUUCCUUCUCUGCCGUAUAGUUGCUGGCUUCGGGAUAGGAGGUGCUGUGCCCAUUGUUUUCUCUUUCUUUGCGGAGGUGUUGUCCAGAGAGAAAAGAGGAGAACACCUCAGCUGGUUGUGUAUGUUCUGGAUGAUUGGAGAGAUCUAUGCAUCUGCCAUGGCCUGGGCCAUUAUACCGCACUACGGUUGGAGCUUCAGCAUGGGGUCAGCAUACCAGUUUCACAGCUGGAGGGUUUUUGUCGUCGUUUGCGCCCUGCCGUGUGUGUGUGCUGUGGUGGCUCUUACCUUCAUGCCAGAAAGCCCCAGAUACUACCUGGAGGUUGGGAAGCACGACGAGGGCUGGAUGAUCCUCAAGCAGAUCCACGACACCAACAUGCGAGCACGUGGGCAGCCGGAGAAAGUCUUCACUGUAAACAGGAUAAAAAUCCCUAGACAACUGGAUGAGUUGGUUGAAAUGGAAUCAGAAACUGGAAACCCAGUUUCAAAAUUUUUCUUCAGGAUAAAAGCUGAAAUACAUGGGAUCUAUCUAAACCUCAUGAGGUGCUUCAAGUAUCCUAUGCGGGAAAACAUGAUGCGACUGGCUAUAGUGUGGUUCACGCUGUCCUUCGGGUAUUAUGGUCUGUCUGUGUGGUUCCCUGAUGUCAUCAAACACCUUCAGGCAGAUGAAUAUGCUUCCAAAGUGCAGAUCCACAAUAAUGAAAGCAUUGAAGGCUUCACCUUUAACUUCACCCUGGAGAACCAGAUCCACAGAAAUGGCACAUUUAUUCAUGACCAGUUUGUCAACAUGAAGCUGAAAUCCGUCACCUUCAUUGAUUCCACGUUUCAUUACUGCACCUUUGAUGAUGUGACGUCGGUGGGUUCCUUGUUCAAGAAUUGUACAUUUAUUGACACUUUCUUCUUCAACACAGAUAUUGAUGAAUCUAAGCUGGUAGAGGGCACAGAGGUGAUUAACAGCACUUUUACCCACAACAAGACUGGCUGCCAGAUGACAUUUGUUGAUGACUACAGUGCCUACUGGGUUUACUUCAUCAACUUUCUGGGAACACUGGCUGUUCUUCCUGGCAACAUUGUGUCUGCUCUUCUGAUGGACAAAAUCGGGCGUUUGUCCAUGUUAGGUGGCUCCAUGAUCCUGUCCGGCAUCAGCUGUUUCUUCUUGUGGUUUGGCACCAGUGAGUCCAUGAUGAUUUUCAUGUUGUGCCUUUACAACGGUCUGAGCAUUUCGGCCUGGAACUCCCUCGAUGUGGUCACUACAGAGUCUUUCCCCACUGUCAGGAGAGGAACAGGCUUCGGUUUCUGUAACGCCUUGUGUAAGCUUGCUGCUGUCCUGGGGAACCUGAUCUUUGGCUCACUUGUUGGCAUCACCAAGGCCGUCCCUAUCCUCAUGGCCUCUUCGGUGCUCGUGGGAGGGGGGCUGGUCGGACUGCGGUUGCCUGACACUCGGUCAAAUGUUCUUAUGUAACUCCAUCAGCUUUGAUAAGUCCUGUGAGUUCUCAAGAAGGCCAAAAGAGCUUUUCAUAGGGAGUGCAAGUGGCUUGGUUUUCCCCGAGUGUGUUGAUUUUAAGAAAAAUUCUGGAUUUUUUCCACUUACAGUCAUAUUAUAGUAAACUUUAUUUUACUAAUUGGAACUUACAUGACAAACUAACACAAAGAGGAAAUCUGAAAAUUGUAGUUUUCAUAAUGAUGUUUGUUUGCUAAUGUUCAUAGAGGGCAAAACAGAGCAGUUACAUUUAUAUGGAGAUUAAAUUACACACAGGUGGACUAUAUUAAGCAGUGUCUGCAGUCAGCUGAUUGCUCUGGAUUGUAUUAACAAGGAUCAAAGAAAAGGAACUCUGUACUUCUCAGAAUUUUGAAAAUUUAGAAAAAUCAUCCAUAAUUUUGUCUUUUAUUUUCACUGCAUUGUUCUUUGUGUUGGUCUACCACACAAAACCCCAAUGCAAGCAUUGAAGUUUGUAAGGCAAAGCGAGUGGAUACGAAGCACCAUGUUGUAAUUUGGAUCUAGGUAGGAGCAAAGUGCAGUUAACAGGAGGCAGCAGGUGGAGUGCAGAGGCUUUACUGCUAAAUCCAAAAAGACUUGAUGGCAAGGAGCCAACCAGAGAACUUGUGAAAGGAAUAUCACACAAUGCAACAGAAGGAUCCAGUGGAGACCCGAUAUGUACUGAGGAAGGAGUGCAGAAAAAUAUGACCACCAGAAGAGGUAAUCAUGACUAGGGAUGGUUGGAGAAGAGAGGACGAUUAGGAGAUAUGCAUCAGCUGAGCUGAGAGACAAGCCAAGGGAAGGAGGAUCAUAAGUAAGGGAGAAAAUCAAACUAAACAAGAAACGAUUAGCUUUUAUUAGCUGUUUUUAGAGCUAACAACAGCAACAAAAGGAGCACUGAUCUAAGGAACCCAGAUCUAAUACUCAAAUAAUAAUAAACUUAGAUGUAAAAUACACAGAAUAAGGAAGACCAGAUCUAAGUAAAUAUUAAUGAUUAAAACUGAAAACACAAAUGAAGCUAAAAGUCCAAACAGCUACCGAUCAUCACAACAUGAGGGAGUAAAAAGUGCUUUACUAAACAAAAAGAAAAAACAUGUUGUUUUGCUCUAACAUAGAGCUUAAUUUGUCAAGCACUGAAAAGCACGGAGAAGAAACAACUGUUAAAAUGCAGAUUUAAAUCCAAAUUUUAAUUCAAGUAUAAUUUUGAAUGAUCAAGAAAACAGUUAAUUAGUCAGAUUUUUGAGUUGAAAGCUGCAUUAUUAAAAUGUUUUUUGGUCAUGAUCUGAAAGAAGUGACACUUUCUGCACAACAUGGGUAUCCAGAUAUAAGGGGCAUAGAAACAAAAUGCUUCCCUCAUGUCUAGUUCUGGUAGACAUAGGGGCAGUAGGUAAUUGUAACGUGACAAAAUUUUAGUUUUUUUUAUACUUUAGCAAUCUGCUGCACUUCUAUUAAAGCCACUCACUAGUAAAUCAUAUCUUCACAAACCCAGAAUACUUAUUCGAAGGUUAACAUCUGCUCAGUUUUUUUUUUGUUUUGUUUUUUUUUGUUGUUGACUGAUUGCAGCUUGCAGCUCCAGUCACAACCUUAUAUAGAGACACCUCAUGAUGGAAGCUUGAGGCUUUUAAUAUUGAUACAGUCUUAUUAAGAUAGGCCAGAUGGGGAAAAAAGUGAAAAACAAGCCGUAAUGAGCACAACCAAGCUGUCGUGUGACAACAUGGGAGCUCCUGAUCAGACAGAGAGGACUCAUUGACACCUGGCUCACCUACAGGACUCACACUCUGAGCACUGAACAUUUGUGCAGAAAGUUACUAGAUACGUAAAUGGUGUUAGAUGAGUAAACAUCUUGCAUACCGGUAUAUACCCAUUUUUAUUAAUCUCUAAACCUGCACUACUUAAUAUUUUGGUGCAUAUUUGCUCAGACUAGACCAACGUUUGAGAGUAGAUCAUUCAUGUAGGAAACCAAGCCAUUUGCAUAAUCUCAACCUUGAAUUGAAAAGUCCACAGUAUAAAUUAUAUUUUCUUGUACCAUUAAAUAUAAUGUUAAAUAUGAGGAUGACACCGUUAUUACCCGGUGUAGUCGUUUUACUCCAGAUAUAGAUAUUUAACAUUCUGUUUCAGAACUUUUCUGAUGUAAGUUUUGUGUUGAAUCCUGUCUCUGUGAUUGUUCCUGCCAUUUCCUUAAACAAAAAAACAAAAAAAAGAUAAAUACUGAAUGGCCUUUGACAGGAUCAAUCUGCCCAUAGUCUUGCACUUUCCAAAAAUUAUAGAAAUGAGAGAAAUAAACCUGAGGGUAAAUGGAUAUACUAUAUUUAUUUAUUUAUUUGUGUAUUUAUUUAUGUUCUGUCCCACACACUUGUUCAAUUUCCAGUGAUUUGUCAAAAUGUUAGACCAACGGCAAGUAUUGCAUAUUUUUGAAGUAGAUAGAAAUUUACAAAUAAUUUUCUUUAAUUUAUUUAAAACAAAUUUGCAAAGUGUGACUUUCAUGUAUAUUUAGCCCUCUGGAUCCAUUCCCUGUAACUGCCAAUCAAUCUUUAUUGACAUGUCUCUUCCAGCUCUGCACCUCGAAGAUCCUGUAAUUAGCUCCAUCCAUUCUCCCAUCAACACUGACCGGCUUUUAUAUCCCUGCUGAAGAAAAAUCUCCCCAAACAAUGACCCUACCACCACCAUUUUUACGGUGGGCAUGGUUUAUGCAAAUUGUAAAUUUUCUGUUACCCUUAGCAUUUCACAUGUAGUUCAAAAGGCUACAUUAUCAUUUAGCUUGGAUUUGUUUCUCCCCUGGUGCAUUUCAUUUUGUACACAAUUCCUCCUCUGCCAGACGGUCUUGGUACGGUUCCAAGACUGUACCAAGACCGUCUUGGAGCCGUUUUGGAGCGGUUCAUUUGUUUUGUGAAUGUGAUCUGACUCCAAGUCGACACAGCUGCCACCUAGGCAAUCACUUCAAGCCUGAGCAAGAUGCCAGUCUGCUGUUUUUCAUAGAGCAUAGACCCCCAUUCAACUUUAAGGAUGUAUUUUUAAAGUACUUUUGAGAAUAGGUAUAAACAGACUCAACAUUUUUGCCUAGUUUGUAACAACAACUUUUGUUUUGCUUUGAUGGAGUGAAAAAAGAAACUAAACCAUAAAAUAAUUACAAAUAAAGUCGAUGAAUUUGGAAUAAAAAUAUGAAAACUACAGGUGAGAAAACAUCCUAAAUUACCCACACAGCUUGACUAAUUUCAAAUGGCCAAAUUCAGGUGACUUCUUAAGGGCGUGGGUUUAACUGUGAUUUAUUGGUACCAGAGUAAAAGGGGCUGAAUGCAUAUGCAUGGAACACUUUAAAAUGUUAGUUGUAAAAACAUUGUAAGAAUGCAUAGUGAUUUUUUCUCCACUUCAGUUAUUCAAAACUUUAUGUUGGUUUAUCACAUAAAAUCCCAAUACAUCCCAUGAGGUUUGUAUUUUUGAUGUAACAAAAUGUACAAAUUUUGCAAGGAUGAAUAUUUUCACAAGGUACUCUGUGUGUUAUGUGUAUGUUUAUUUUUUUCUUUUUCUCCCCUCCAGGGGUCUUUUUGUGGGCUCUAGUGUCCCUUAUAUGACAGUAGGCUUACAGGAAAGGGGGAGGGAGAGGGGCGAAGACAUGCGGCAAAUGUCGCCGGGUCCGGGAAUCGAACCCGCGACGGCCGCGUCGAGGACUCAAGGCCUCCAAAUGCAGGUCUCGCUAUCCUCUACGCCACCACAGUACGCCCUGUUUGCAAUUUCAAAGCAAAAGUUGUAAGACUCAUUAUGUUACAAUAUUUUGUUCUGGCUCCUCAAUUCUGAGACCUCCAAUACACUGUUGAAGAGAAAAUUUGAAAAGAAGUAACUUACUGAAAAUGAAUAAGACUACGUUAAGGUCGUGUUGCUAUUUCCAUAGUUUCAUAACUCCAAAAUUGUAUUUUCUCACAUACUGUCUCUCCUUUUGUUUGUAGGGGUAAACUGAUAUUCUCAUUCUUUUCUUUCAUUCUUGUUUGUUUAGUUUGUGCCUGUGAACUCUGUUUUCUGUAUUACUCUAUUUCCACACAUUUCUUUGUCUUUGUGGUACGUUGACUGUAGUUGUAGAAUACUCUUCACUGAAGCCUUCUUACAUAGGGCCACUUAAAAAACAAAAACUCCCCCCAGGCCUCACUACUAUUUGUGUAACCUUCACAUUUAUCUCUGUUUCGUAAAAUGGGUUGAAAAUAUAUACUGAAGUAUUGCGCUGUUGCUCAGCCAAUCGCUGUUGAACUCUUGGUUUAACUAUUCUUGAACCAAGAGCAUUGCAGUCAACAAAAAUAUAAAUACAAUGCAAUCAUUAAUACCCAGCACUGCUAACUGCUAUCUGUAGCAUAAGUGUGAGACAGAGCGGUCUGCCUGGUUGUGGAUAUAUUAAAGGCUCAGUGGCAGAUCAGGCGGAUGGGAUGGUUUGGCCUGAAGGAUUUGGUAUAAAAGCUACAUGUACUGUAUUUGUGUGUGUGUACAUAGAUGACUGUAUUGUAAGAAAGACAGAAACUGAGCAAACUGUGUGUUUGCGUGUGUGUGUAUCUAUAUUGAUGAAUGAAUGUAAAUAUUCUGUACAUAUCAAAGCUAAUAUAUGUGAAUUUCUGAGUUAAAUGUGUGCAAGCUUCCUCUGACUCGUUUUUCUCCUGGUGAUAGUCCCUUUAUUGUCCUGUUUCUCUGUUGUACAUCUAUGUGUGUGUGUGUGUGCGUGUGGGCGUGUGUGUGUGUGUGUGUCUUAGGCUUUUACCUGCUACUGCUCUGUGUGUGCGUGAGCAAACUUGCAUGUUUGUAGGACCAACUCCAGGGUUCAUUUCUUUUUACCUUUGUGAUGUUGCUGUAAAUUUUCCUGGCAGAAAGUGAUGGCAACAUUUUGAGUUUGUUGAGGAAAAAUGUGAAUGUAUCUCCCUUGUAAGUUGUGUUGAUCCAUUUUUUUUUUCUUUUGAAGGUAGUCAAACGUAUGUGGAGAAUUAAGCCGUCAAUAAUACUGCAAAGGCAGCCAGAGGAUUACUGAGAUGUGUGUUCAAGUGUUGAAAAGUGUAAAAUAAAUGUGAAUAAAUAUUUGCCAAAUGACUCGCUGUGUACGAUAUGAGACACUGGAAAGACAGAGUCUGC